AUGCCCACCUUUCUGAAUAAGGUCUUUAAACGGGACCACUCUGGAUCCUCAAAGAAGAUCGAACAGAGCACGCCUCCACCGCCUCAAGAAGUCAAACACCAGGACGCGUGGUUACGGACGGAGGUUGCUCCUGAGCAAGUUCAGGAGCUGCUGAGAGGAUGCACGCAGGAGAUCAAGUCAAGAGGUCUACCAACCACCACUCAAUUCUGAUAUCCUCUGGUCGGAUAUUACUCCUACUAGAAUUACAUCGAUAAUUUUGCUCACAUUUUGUUUCUGGGUAAUUUGUUUUAGGCUUGUCAACACCUUUUCUAUUAUUGCCCUUCCGACCGAACUCGGAUGCCAGUGCCAGAACCUUUAUCCGAAAUUUCUUCGAUCCGGCAACGGGGCCGCUUCGCGGGCCCCACCUCCAGCAAGAAUUACGAUUGACUGAACCUGUGGUAAUGAUGGUUUACCUUUUAAUGUUCUUUCUUAUCUGACGUCCGGUGUGUAGGUUUUGUGCAGUACUCUCAAAUGGUGUUGGAGUAGGCUACCUCGUGGUGUGGUAACCUGGGAUGUGUAUGAACUAUUUCGUCGUGGAGAAGUUGGUACGGCGGUUCUUCUGUCGCUCCAGUCUUGGUGUUUGAACGAUCCUAACCGUUUCUAGAAUCGGGCAUGGCCCGUGACUCGUUUGCGACCUUUAUACCCAUUAGCGCUGAAUCCGAAGCUCGCUCAAAGAUUAUCUUUGACUUUUUUGAUUUGAUUUCGGCUAUCGCAGCGCACGGAAAACAUAAUGGGCUUGGUGGUAUGAAGCUUCCGAGGCUUGCGGGUUGGUGGGCCUUUGAGCAUAGCGAUAUGGGAUGGGGGUUCGAAGGUGGAUACACUUCAUGGUCCAGGUUUGUUCCAUCCAUCCAGAUACCUGCUGCGUAUUGACAUCAUGGUCAGGGCUGCCGAUGCUACGAUGCAUCUGUUCUUUGCCUAUCUUCGCUCCCUCUCUCCGGCAGAUGGAACAAGGGGUGUUUCUGUGCUGCCGAUCUCCCUGAAGGCGUUGAUGGCCUCGGUCGACUAUCCCCCUACGGCCCCCGUCCAGCUUCAAUCGAGGACGGUUAGGGUGGUGAUGACCGUUGCGACUGUUUCGCCAACCCCAUUCUCACUUCUUCGUCGUGCAAGAAACUUUCAAUUCCGAGAGAGUGAUCCUGCCCUCCGCGCUCUUAUGGAUUACGAGGACCCUGUACAGGCUUUGACAGAAGAAUGCAAGCGUGUUUUAAAAUGUAUAUCUUCCACCAACCAGUCUUCCUCUGGGUUUAAGAGUGGGAGUGGACUUCAGGAUCAGUCCUGGUCAAGGUUCCAGGAUUUGGGUUUCUCCGGACUGCUAGAGGAGUCGGAGGGUUCAGCUGAUGAAGACGGGUUAUCUAUGACUGGUUCCGAAACAUUUCGCCGAAGGCGAGCUUCCACCCAACCCACUCCCUCGACCCCUCAUCAGGAGCGCAUCACGGAUCUUGCUCGACCAACAACACCUUCCUGGGCCGACUUUAUGGCUGGAGGAUUUGGAGAUCGUGACCAAGGCCCAAACCAGCCUGCCCCACUCCUUCUGCCGCCGGACAAGAUGUUGCCUCCGAUUGACAGCGGAUCCCGAGUUCGUAGUUCCCAGUCAAACAGGAAAAUCGCCGAGGAUAAUUUGGACCCCGGUGAAUUAGCCAGCGUCUCACCAUUAACUGUGGAUGAUGCGUUCUGGUGGGUCUGGAUAUCCAGUCUUGCAGGUGAAGAAUCCACUGCUAGAAAGGCCGUGUUUGGGCGAUGUGCUCUUGUCGAGACGGCGAUCAAAGGCGGAAGGUGGCUUGUCGUUGAGGUUUGUCGCUCUCUGGCUGAGUUGGUCCUGUAGUAUUAAUCUAAGAUUCGAUGUAGGAAAAGGUUAAAGGUGCCGCCACUGCGGUCGAGGAUGCAACCUAUCUUCCGGCCAAGGAAAAGAAGAAGUCUCGAAGAGGAAAGCUUACCAGGCGGAAAUCCGUUGGACGUGAUGAUAUCCCGGUCGAGCAACCAAAGAAAUUUGAUCCGUCUGCAGGGUUGUUCAAUAGAAUUAAUAUUGGGCCUGAUCAGACCGCUAGGAUUCAAACAGCUGCGGCUGCAUUGAGACAGCAGCAAGUACAACGGGAACGCAAUCAUUUGAGGCCCAGAGAAGAUGGCUCCAAGCCUAAUCCAAGGACCAACAGUGUUUUCACUUUGCAGCCGGUGAUGCUCUCGGAGGCCACUCCCGCAAUGAAGUGGGCAAAUAGGUAUGAUAGAGACGCUAUCCGGGAAGCGUAUCUGAAGGGGCUCCCGAUGCCAGAAAGGAAGGACUUGAGCCGUGUUGAUACCGACAGGCCGUUGCCCCCUCCGCCACCGCAUGAGGAGCCGGAGGGAGGACCGGAAAGGCUAGAGCGGCCCAAGCCAGAGCAGGUUGGACCAAAACCAGAACAAUCAACUCAACCACCAACCCCUAUUACAAAUCAGGCUCAUGUUGUACUGCCGUCUCCUAGUACUCCAUCUGCCCCUAGGCCUAUUCCCAUGGCAUUGCCAUCUCCCCGUUCGAAUGGGCGCGCAUCACCAGCAUUUGACAAUCGUUCUCAAACCAUCCCUGGCAGUCCCAAAUCACAACCUUCAGCAAACUCGACGCCCGAGAAGUCCAAAAAGCCAAAGGCUUCACGCAUCAGGCAUUUCUUUAGUAGCAAAAAGGCAGACCCAACUAGCCUAGUAGGCCGAAGAAUAUCCCAACUUGAACCACCCAGCGGUGGGGGCUUGGGCCUUCCUGCCCAAAGCGCUAAUCGCAGAUUAUCCGUUGGCCAGAAGAAUCAUAUUCCCAUGGAUUUCAACGGUGGUGCUGCGCAGCCGGAAGCAUCUCCCCCACCAGUCACCGAGAAAUCGUCGCUAUCCCCGCAACCCGAUUCACGUCGCCAGGGCGGUGAUCAGCCAUCAGCACCCCAGGUCAGCUCGAACGAGGAACGCGCGGAGACCCAAAUGUUGUUCUCCUCGUUUGAUCAAGGUCCUUUAACCGACCAGCCCGUGUUCAUCCCUGAUGACUCUGUGACGACCUCCGAGUCAGUCUCCCCGAUCGAGUCCGGCCCCGUCGUUGAGAAGGAAAUUGAUGUUGUGUCGGCGGACGGGGCAGCCUCUCCUGCAUCUCCUAUGGAGGCUAUUCCCGUGCAGGAUCGGUGGGCUCAAAUCAGGAAGAAUGCUGCUGAGAGGGCAAAGGUUGUACCAAAAGCAUCUGAUGAAUACACAAGGAGCGACGCAAGGGGUAGCAUUGAUGAUGGGGAGACAAGUGGUGAAGAGAGUAUGUUCCCAUCGCUAUAAUAUAUUGAAGUAUCACAACUAAAUAUUUGCAGCAAUCGAAUCUCGGGUCGCUAGAAUCAAGGCACGUGUUGCCGAACUCACCGGAAGCAUUGAUACUACCACUCGAGUUUAAUUUCGGGAUAUUUAGUACGAUUUUGUGACCCGGGUUUGCCAUUGCAAUAAUGAUUUGUCCCCUUGUGGCCAAUGUUGCUCUAAUACAGUCACCUCAACUACAAGCACUCACAGAUGCGCUGGAAUAUAUCAGCGAUGCUGUGUUCCCUUUUUUUCACUCAUCUUUGGAGCGCAUAAGCUAAACGGUAAUAACCAUUCCCUGGGCAACCGCUCAUCACACAUCCCAUUCCACACUCACUCCAAUAAUCUCGUCACAUUUCCUUGCUAUCUCCUUUCUCUUUCUUUCUUUAACCUUCUUUUCUUUUCCUUAUUUUUUUUUUGUGGUAAGCGCUCCAUUUCCCUAUACACACGAUUCAUAGUUUUGAAGACGUGAUUUAAUCUUUCGUUGAAUUUCGUAUCGUGUUUUCCUAAUUAAUGCUUCUCUUGAUCUACUAAAAAAAAUUGCCGCUGGCUACUUGUAUUCUUUUUGUCCAAAUUUUUUACCCACUUCCACCUACUUAUCGAGAAAUAUGAUACCACUGUAAAGCAACCAAGUCCUACACCGCCAUUUUAUCAUUCCCUAGUUUUCCCAACCGCCAUCACCCCCAUAGUUAAUUUUCUGUGUCGGCUCCAAUUUUUUCCUCCUUCUCAUCCGUCGAAUCACGGAGAAUAAGCUCGCUAGUUGGAGCCUUUUUUUAUCCUGAUACCCAUUCAAAUAGCAAGAAUGCAUAACCGAUUGCG